AUGGCUGUGGGACUCCAGGUUCCCCUGCUGGCGCUCGCUGGGCUGUUGCUCUUUCUGAGUGUUGGACCCCAGGCCGAGGGCGGGAAGGUGCUGGUGGUCCCCAUGGAAGGCAGCCACUGGCUUAGCAUGCGGGAGGCCGUGCGGGAGCUCCAUGCCAGAGGCCACCAAGCAGUGGUCGUUUCUCCAGAGGUGAAUCUGCAUAUCAAGGAAGAGGACUUUUUCACCAUGAAAACCUACGAGAUUCCUUGUACCCAGGAUGAAUUUAAUCACAUCUUGCUGGGCCAGAGUCACAUGAUUUUUGAAAAAGCACAUUUUCUAAAGACAUUUUGGAGAAGUAUGACAAUUCUGAAAAAUGUGUCUUUGCUCUUUCAAAAGUCUUGUGAGGGGCUGAUGUAUGACAAGGACCUGAUCAGGCACCUGAAUGCCAGUUCCUUUGACGUGGUUUUAACUGACCCCGUUUACCCCUGCGGGGCAGUGCUGGCUGAGUACCUGAAGAUUCCUGCUGUGUUUUUUUUGCGUGCCCUUCCAUGUGACUUAGAUUCUGAGAGCACGCAGUGCCCAAACCCUUCUUCAUAUGUUCCUAGGCUUUUAACAACAAAUUCAGACCACAUGACAUUCCUGCAAAGAGUCAAGAAUAUGCUCUACCCUCUGGCCCUGAAGUACAUUUGCCACGUUUCUCUGACUCCUUAUGCAAGCCUGGCCUCUAAGCUUCUUCAGAGAGGCGUGUCACUGGUGGAUAUUUUGGGCUCUGCAUCCGUGUGGCUGUUCAGAGGUGACUUUGUGUUGGACUACCCCAGGCCGAUCAUGCCCAACAUGGUCUUCAUUGGGGGCAUAAACUGUGCCAACAGGAAGCCAUUAUCUCAGCUGUAUAGGAGCAGAGAAAUUGAGUUGUGA